AUCUGAACACUUGCUGUCUUGGUAAUCCGCCUUUGAAUACAGUCCCUUUCACUCGUGACUGGCGUUGGCUACACCAGGGGUUUCUGGAGACGUCGUUUUCUCCUUGGUAGGUGUGCUAAAGCCCGGCGUUUCUCCGAGCCCGAGGCCAGUGGCAAUGCAGAGCCGCUGCAUUGAAGUGUGCGCUUUGUUCUUGUGUCGCCCUUGAAAUUGACGGCGGCAUAGGCAAAGCCGCGUCAGUCGUUCCAACCACACACACCCUGUCCUCUGCCUCCGACGCCCUUCCCCUCCGAUGUCUUGCCCCUGCUACGACGGCCCCGAGUGGCACGUCCUCAACCUACGCUUCGAGAAUUGUGUAUGUGAGAAGAUCAACGUCUAUUGCGACGGGGCUGCCUCGAAGAAUGGGUACGAUGGCGCUGUUGCCGGCUGGGGCGUCUGGUUUAAGCAUUCCGCCAAACGCCAUCGAAACGCUUCAGGUCCUGUCUCAGGCAAACAGACCAGUCAAAGGGCUGAGUUGAUGGCUGUCUUGGAGGCAAUCAAACGAGCUCCUUACCCUGGUCAGCUCAUCAUUCAUACGGAUUCACAGUACGCCAUCAACUGCCUCACCGAUUGGCGCGACCGAUGGGAGAAGAACAACUAUAUCACAAGCAAGGGAAAGCCCGCCGAGAACAGGGACCUCAUCGAUGCUGUCAUGGAGGUGCGAAGAGAGCGCGACACUAAAGUCGUCUUGAAGCACGUCAGCGGCCAUUCGGGCGAUCCUGAUAACGAUGCAGCCGACGAGCUUGCGAAGGGCGCAACCAAAGGCUACUACAUUUGACUGCGCCUUCACGUGCAAGACAGAGCCCACCGUUACUUUUGACGGUCACCACACACGACACACAAGCAAGCAUACCAAGUGAUUAGCGUUGAGUCUCUCACA